CGGGGGUAACGGCUUCGGGUAGCACCCCGUGGGUGCCCAGAAAUAAAGCCUCAGGUGUGGUGUGCCCACGUGCCAGGGUGCCCCAGACGGGAGCAGGAUCUCCGUGCCAGGCCCACGGGAGGUAGGGCCUCUCCUCAAACUUUGCUUGCCUGGAAAGCGGCCCGGAAUCGGGACCUGGAAAACGGGCUUAACAGCACAUGCGGCCGGUCGGAGAAGCACAGGGUCGGAGCAGCAGGGCCCCCUCCCCCCGCACAGCCUGGUUUGCUGACCUGUCAGGUGCUGUUAUGGCCUUUUGGCUCCACACUGGCCCCCGGAGCCCUGACGCCGAAGGGGAGAAGAAAGUGCCAGCCUGGCUCUGGGGUUCCCUGGGCCUGCCGGAUGCACCUUCCAGGAGAUACAACCUAGGAAGGCCCAGGGGCCAGAGCAGGGGGUGGGCUGGGAGAGUGAGCGUCCCGCUGAGGCUGGAAGGGGUCAAAGGGCAAGGCGGGUCUGCCAGAGCGGCAGCAGCUGGGCUCUGCGCGCCCCGUCUCAUGGGUCCAGACUGCAGUGAGGCCAGUCCCAGAGGGCCCUGGGAGACCAUGAGGUCCUCCCCUCCCCCCAGCUGUACAGAUGAGGAAACUGAGGCAGCAGAGACAAAGCUGCCCCUCUCCUCUCUUUUCCAGGAAAUGACUCAGGGGAAUUCAGCAGUGCUGCAGACAGGAGCCAGGCAGCCAGGCCUCCCUUGGCUGCCCCCUCAUCCAUGGAGCUGCUGGCAUCCCAGCCCUGCCUGCCUCCCUCUGGAUGUCGCCCCAGCCUGGCCUCGCCUCGCCUCACUCUGAUCUCCCUGAGCAGAGGCACGGGAGACCCUGCCAGAAGCUGGUCUACAGCAGCCCACAGCAAUCAUGCCGCUUUUCAGCAUCCCUUGUGCCCCAUUCCAGGGGGGGCCAACUCACCCAUGACUCACGUGGGAGCCCCUCUGUGCUCCUCCCCGCCUCCUCCUCCCCACAGCAGUGAGCGGGGCAGAGAAUCCACUGAGUGUCCUCGUUCACACUCAGCUGGGGCUUCUGAACCCGGUGGGGCUCCACCACCAUGUCGCCGUGUGACACCAGGAAACCAGUGCCUCAGUUUCCCUAGCCAGAUCCCCUCUGACUCCCAGACUGGCGUAAGGACAAAAUGAGGUCCUCGAUGGAGAUGCUUAUGGCCUUUGGUGCCGAAGAAAGCAAAGUGGGUCUGGUGACAAGGCCCCCUCUCAGGCCCUCCCCCAACGUCCUGGCUCCACCCCUUCCAGGCACUGAGGCUCAAACGCUAUUAUUAUUAGCCAGAAUCUGAUACACGAGAAAGGGAGAAGACAGUGCGGAGGGACCUGGGAGCUGGGGGCGGGGAUUUGUAGUAGUCAGACGGACCUCAUGCCCUCUCCCGCGUGGCAGUAGGAGGUGGCCCCAGGGGUCUAGCUGUGCCCGGUCCUCCACGGGCCCCUUCGCUUCCCUCGCUGGAAGCAGAGGCGCCAGCACGGAGUCUUCGGGGCAACCCUCCCCCAGCCCAGGUCCAGCCUGGGUCGGGUCUCCCCACCCCACUCCCGCGCCCUGAGCCCGCGGACCCCAUGCCGCGAGCCUCCCGCGCAGAGGGUCCGCGGCGGGCAGAGCGGACAGUCUCGCAGGUGGGAGGAAGGCGGGCGGGGGCGGGGGAGGUGGAGGGAGACGCCGGGCAGGCCGCGCGGUCCCUCCCCUCUCCCUCCCUGCGCGCCGCCGGCGACAUCGCCCCUCCUGGGCAGGGGGCGGAGAAGACGGCGACGGGAAGGGAGGAGGCGGCGGCGGAGGCGGGAUUUGGAGUUUCCCUCCGCAGCGGCGGCGGCGGCGGCGGCGGCCCCUCGGCUUCAGGCGAGGCCGCCGCCUGAGGCUCCGGUGACGCUCGGCGGCAGCGGCGGUGGCGCUUCCCGCCGCCUGGGCUUCGGAAACUUCCCGGCCGCGACGCGCGUAGCCGGCGCUGGAAGCCGAGCGGAUCCGGGGUGAGCGGAGGUGAGCGGAGCGCCGGCGGGCGGACGGGCCGGGAGCCGCGAGCCCAUGGAGGGUCUGGGCCGUUCGUGCCUGUGGCUGCGGCGGGAGCUGUCGCCCCCGCGGCCUCGGCUGCUGCUCCUCGACUGCAGAAGCCGCGAGCUGUACGAGUCGGCGCGCAUCGGCGGGGCGCUGAGCGUGGCCCUGCCCGCGCUGCUGCUGCGCCGCCUGCGGCGGGGGGCCCUGUCGGUUCGCGCGCUGCUGCCCGGGCCGCCGCUGCAGCCGCCCCCGCCCGCCCCGGUGCUCCUGUACGACCAGGGCGGGGGCCGGCACCGGCGCGGGGAGGCGGACGCCGACGAGUGGGAGGCCGACUCGGUGCUCGGCACCCUGCUGCAGAAGCUGCGCGAGGAAGGCUACCUGGCAUACUACCUCCAGGGUGGCUUCAGCAGAUUCCAGGCAGAGUGCCCCCACCUGUGUGAGACCAGCCUCAGCAGCCAGGGUGGCCCAAGCACAGCCCCAGUGCCCAGCCCAGUGGUGGGGCUGGGCGGCCUGUGCCUGGGCUCGGACUACUCUGAUGCGGAAUCUGAGCCUGACCGCGACUCCAUGAGCUGUGGCCUGGAUUCAGAGGGUGCCACGCCGCCCCCAGGGGGGCUGCUGCCAUCCUUCCCUGUCCAGAUCCUGCCCAACCUCUACCUGGGCAGUGCCCGGGAUUCGGCCAACGUGGAGAGCUUGGCCAAGCUGGGCAUCCGCUACAUCCUCAACGUCACCCCCAACCUGCCUAACGUCUUCGAGAAGAACGGCGAGUUUCACUACAAACAGAUCCCCAUCUCCGACCACUGGAGCCAGAACCUGUCCCAGUUCUUUCCUGAGGCCAUCGCGUUCAUUGAUGAGGCCUUGUCGCAGAACUGCGGGGUGCUCGUUCACUGCCUGGCAGGCGUCAGCCGCUCUGUCACCGUCACUGUGGCCUACCUCAUGCAGAAGCGCCACCUCUCACUCAACGAUGCCUACGACCUGGUCAAGAGGAAGAAGUCUAAUAUCUCACCCAACUUCAACUUCAUGGGGCAGCUGCUAGACUUCGAGCGGAGCCUGCGGCUGGAGGAGAGGCGUGCCCGUGAACGCAGCAGCGGGGGGCAGGAGUCGGCCGCCUCCGACCCACCGUCCUUCUUCACCACCCCCACCAGUGAUGGUGUCUUUGAGCUGGACCCCACAUAGGGCGCCGUUCCACCCCCCCCCCAUGGGUGCCCCUGACCACCCAUGUGCGGGGGUGGGGCGGGGGGGAGCUGGGGGGAGGCAGAAGAGGGAGGCAGCGAGUUGGGGAGGGGGAAGAGCAUAAUACCUCAUGGGAAGGCUGUGGGGAAGAGGCUGGAGCCAGGAGCCCCUCCAGGGUGGCCUCGGGGAGAGACCUGUCCUACCCACUUGAACCAUCCACAGGAGUCCUAUUAAAUGUGCCUAUAAGCAGGGCCCGGGGCCACCAGCCUGACCCGCACCGCUUUCGGGGCGGAAUCACGCUCCAGAACCUGCCUCUUCUGCGACUGUUACUUUUUUCUCUCGGGGGGGGGGGGUUGGGUUGGGGGGGUUCCCAUUCCAAGGGACCAUUCCAAGCGGCUGCCUAUUCCUGGGCCUUGAGACUUCCGGUGGCUUCCCCCUUCAGAAGGGCGGGCCCCUGCACUGGCCACCUCAUGUGCUGCAGGGGCCCGCUCCCAGUCCGUCCCUGUCCCCCGACAGCUGUUUACGGGGAGGGUUCACCACCGGUGUAGUCACCUCCCCGCUUCUCUGCCCAGGGUUCGGGCCUCUCGGGGCUGAGGCUUGGAGGUGCACCGGCCGCCCAGCGUCCAUGCGGACAGCCCCUCUCGGGGCGGCUCCUUGCCGGGCGCCGCAGGGGAGGGCGCUGGCCCGGGAGCUGCUGAGCGGGUUCCUGGCCACACAUCUGGCGCCCUGUUUAUCCACUUGACGUUUGAAAAGAUGCUUUUUUUCCCUCUUCCCCCAGAUGUCUUAACGGGAUCACUGGAGCUCUUUGUGACUGAGGGUGGUCAACCGCGGCCAGAGGAGAUGGGGGUCUCAGAGCAAGAGCUGGGGGCGGGGAAGGGGAAGAAGAAGGCCUGAAUUUUGCUGCGGUGGGCCCCACAUAGGCACGGUUGGUUUGGGGGGGGGCGGGGAAGGGGCCAAGCGGCUUAUACAGAGUCAUUCAUUGCAGUCCACGCCCUUCGUGGGCGGCGCGCACGCGCGUCCGCGUGUCAGCGCUCACACACGCACACCACCAGCCUGCUUACACACCCGGCCCGGCCAUCUCACCCCGGGGAAUCCGCACCACAGUUGCUUUCUUUAAUUGUUCUUGAAUAAACAGUUUAUGUAAGAUACUGAACAGAGAGAGCUGCUUCCAGAGCACCCCGGAGGGUUUGGGGGAAGGUGGGGAAGGAGGCGGCAUAAGGGGGUGGUAGCGCCGAGCCGUGUG